CCGCCUCCAACUUCUGGCAUCGAGCUCUGCUCGGCCACAAGAUUCUUUCCAAUGGAACAACAACAUGCACUAAAUAAUGUGCCUCCGGCAAGCGGCACACCGGCUGUGCCGUCGAAAGAACAAGCUUUAAAAUCGCUUGCUGAGGGUGGCAGUGGCGAUGGCUCCAUUUUCCAGCAGCUUACAAGCAAUCCAUUUUUUACUGCUGGCUUUGGCCUUGCAGGUCUCGGUGCUGCGCUGCGAAUUGGACAACAAGGAUUGAGGAGGGGUGGAGAGUUGCUCAAGAGACGUAUGCUGGUUGAUCUCGAGAUCACCAGACACGAUGAAUCUUAUCCGUGGGUUCUUAAUUGGAUGACACGGCAAUAUCAAAAGUCGCUUUCAGAAUCUCCUGAAAAUGUAAAACCUGGCAUGAUGGAAGCUCUUAUACGACGCUUCACACCGGGUUUGCAUCAUUUGCAAAUCAAGACAGCAAGCCAAAAAACACCUGGAGGCGCAUCACAUACACACUUUUCUCUGGUACCCGGGCACGGAAAACACAUCCUGAGAUUCAAGAAUGCCUUUAUCGCCGUGGAUAGACAAAGAGAGGGCAAAUCUUUUGACGCACAAGGUCAACCUUUCGAAACCAUCAAGCUCACCACGUUAUACGCACACCGUCACAUCUUCGAGGACAUGUUCUCAGAAGCACACUCACUGUCUAUGCAAAGUAUCGAGGGUAAGACUAUGGUCUAUACUUUGAGAAAUAUGCAAUGGAUGCCACUGGGAGACGCCAAGCGCAAACGACCUUUCGACUCUGUUGUGCUGGAGGAAGGUAUGGCAGAAAUGAUCCGAGACGAUGUCCAAGAGUUCUUGGCUGCACGUACUUGGUAUCUCGACCGCGGUAUUCCCUACCGCAGAGGUUAUCUCCUGCACGGCCCACCUGGAACUGGAAAAACUUCUUUUGUACAAGCAUUGGCUGGCGAACUGGACUUCAACAUCGCCAUGCUCAGCUUGAGUCAGCGUGGUCUUACUGACGACUUGCUCAACCAUCUGAUGCUAAACUUGCCGCCGCGCACUUUUGUCCUUCUCGAAGAUGCAGACGCAGCUUUCAACAAUAGAAGACAACGCGACGAGGACGGCUUUAGUGGAGCUACCGUCACCUUCUCUGGUCUGCUGAACGCUCUCGACGGCGUCGCCAGUGCAGAAGAACGCAUCGCUUUCAUGACAACUAACCACAUCGAGCGUCUCGACGAUGCACUCAUCCGACCUGGAAGAGUUGACAUGACAUUGCGUCUUGGUGAAGCGACACUUUGGCAAAUGGAACAAAUGUGGGACAGAUUCUACGCGCAAUUGGACACUGACGGAAGCAAGAGAGCCUUGUUCCUCGAGCGUGUCCAGCAAUAUGGUCUGGUCAACUCUGUUAGCACCGCUGCUUUGCAAGGAUUGUUCUUGUACAACAAGGAUGACCCUGAUGGUGCUGUGAAUAUGGUUGGACAACUACUCAUGGCAAAGACACCCACCAUGGAGGUGCCCAAGAAGAACUAG